AUGAAAUCUCGCUACCAGUCCUGGGCCCUCCACAACUACGGAGACAGCGGCAAGACCAAGACGGUGACGCGCCGUAAAUACGAGCGCAUCGCCGGCUUCCUGCGAGGCAACCCGGCACCGGCCGGAACGGAGAGCACCAAGUUCCGGUUCUGGGUCCGAGCCAAGGGAUUCAAACUCGGCUCCCCGGGUAAGAGGCAGAGAGGAGGGCCUAAAGAGGUCCUGUUUGUGCCAGUCAAAACAACGGACUCGGAGGGGACCAUCGUGGACCGUGGCUUCAAGCGAGUAGCGGUGGUUGAGGACUUCUUUGAUAUCAUUCACGAUGUGCACGUGGGUACGGACGGACGGAGCGGGAAGCACGCCGGCCAGAAGCGAACCUAUCGGGCGAUUGCGGAGACGUACGCCUUCCUGCCCCGCGAGGCCGUCACACGCUUCCUCAUGAACUGCAACGAGUGCCAGAAGCGCAUGCACCUCUCGCCCAAUCUCGCCGAGCCUCGCGAGAACGGUGACGUCACGGAGGAAGCCAACGGCAAGAGUUGCAGCAGCAGCAACAGCAACAACAACAGCAGUGGCGGCGGGGCGGCGGGGGAUACGAACAUGGACUACAGCCUGCCGAUUACCACCACGUACUUGAACCAGUUACGGAACAUGAGAUUGGCUAACAACAACAAUAACAGCAACGAGUCCUUGGGGAUGAUGCACGACUUCCUGCCGAUUCUAGCGACGGUGGAAACCAACGAGCGACCUCGCCCAGGGGGCCAGGGAAGAACCUCGGUGUCGACUCUGUUUAUCGGUUGGGGACAGAAUUUCGGAUAA